AUAUCAUAGAAAGAGAGAGAAACCAAAGAGAGAGAGUGUGUGAAAAAUGGGAAGAGCUCCUUGUUGUGACAAAGCAAAUGUGAAGAAAGGUCCAUGGUCACCUGAAGAAGAUUCAAAGCUCAAAGAGUACAUAGAAAGAAAUGGAACUGGUGGAAACUGGAUUUCCCUUCCUCAAAAAGCUGGUCUAAGAAGAUGUGGAAAAAGUUGCAGAUUAAGAUGGCUUAACUAUUUAAGGCCAAACAUCAAACAUGGAGAAUUUUCAGAUGAAGAAGACAGAAUCAUUUGCACCCUUUAUGCUAAUAUUGGAAGCAGGUGGUCAAUUAUUGCUGCACAGUUACCUGGAAGAACUGAUAAUGAUAUCAAAAACUACUGGAACACAAAACUCAAGAAGAAACUCAUGAGUUUUCUUCCUCAAUCUCAUACCUCACUUUUACCCUAUCAAAACCCUAAUUCAUUUCCUUCUCAACAUUGCACUUCAUAUUACAACCAAAUUUCACAACCAAACACAUCCUUCACCACAAGCCUUGAACCAAUCUCUCUUCCCUUUUACCAUAACCAAGACUCCUUGCUUAGUGGUGCUAGUCUUAGCACUAAUACUAGUAGUAUAAUAACUUCCAUGCAAUAUCAUCAUCCUAUGAGAGAGAGUAGUUUUGCCAUGUUUGGAAGUGAGGGAAGUUGUUGCAGUUCAUCAGAGGGAAGUUUUGGGAAACAAGAAGAAAUAAUGGGGUUUCAGACUCUCAUGCAAAGUAACAGCAUGAUCAAUCUGAGUCAUGGAAGUGAUGUUAACCAAUGGGAAAGUGAAACAGAAAAAGUGAACCUGUGCUUUAGUCAAAAUCAAAAGCAAAUUCUUCCAAGUUCUUUAGGGUAUGAUCUUGAGUAUAUUAAGCAGUUAAUUAGUAGUGAUAAUGGUUACUUGAGUAUUGAUGAAAACAAGACUGAAGAGAAGGGUAUGUACUACUACUACUGAACUAGAACUGAUGAGUGUACUGUACUGACUUGGAAGUAAAAUCAGAAAGAUAUGUUGCAGUCUGUGAGAGGUAUGGUUGUGGAGAAGAUUCAGAAAAGACUUUUAGAUUAUUAUUUUUAUUAUUAUUAUUAUGGGAUUCUGUGUUUUUUCAUGAAAUUUAGUAUUAGACAUUUCUUGUUUUUUUAGUACAUGUUAUGUUAUAAGUAUAACCUUCUUUUGUAUUCUAUGUAGAAACCUUUUAGCUACUAAUUAAUGUUAACCAUCAUUUUAGAUUUUUAUUACAAAUAUAUUUUCUCCGAGCAAAUUUCAGUGAAUCCGAUUUCAGAGAUGCAUGUUCGAACUUGGACCAUGAUCUAAUUUUAGUCAUUAGACUACUAAACAAUGUAAUUUUUUUUUUUAGUUUAUCUGAUUAUUAAUAUAUCUGGUGUAUCGGAUGUAUUUAGUGUAUCAGAUCUAAUUAUUGAUAUAUCUGAUGUAUCAGAUGUAUUUAGUGUAUUAGAUAUAUCGGUUAUUCGAUAAAUUUAUAAAUAUUUAUUUGUAAUAGUGACUGGUCAUUCAUGUAUAUGAAUGUCUAUGUGUCUAGGAGGAUAGUCCUAUAAAGAUCAGAAUUGAGUUAAUGGAACAUUCUGACUGAGAAUCUCAUGCACUAGAUGAGGAUGUUUGUCCGAAAGGUUUUCUUAGAAGACAAUGGAAGUUUGUUUACCAUGAAUGAACAUGGAGUAUAUUGACAUUAACAAACAAAAGAGCAAUCAUGACACUAAAAAUAAAGAAAAGAAAGAGUGUGAUGGUGGAGAAAUUUUGUUGUUUUGCGUGGAAGUUUGGGAAUUCAAGCUGUAA